AUGCAACUGGCCACAGCAGUCCUGCUGCUGGGGCUGAUAAUAGUGGUCACUGGAGACGAGGAAGAAAGUGACCCGUGUGUUCAUGAGCCCCUGACCAAGGAUGAUGCUCUCUUAUGCAAGGGUCUUGAUGUUUUCUACCCAGAGUUGGGGAACCUUGGCUGCAUGUAUGCUCCUGACUGCAACGACUACAGAAAGAAGAUCACCUCCUGGCCCGAGCCGAUAGUCAAGUUCCCUGGGGCCUUGGAAGAUGCAACCUGCAUCCUGGUGAUGGCGGAUCCAGAUGCCCCUAGCAGGACUUCACCCACACGUCGCUUCUGGAGACAUUGGCUGGUAACUGACAUCAAGGGCACUGAUAUGAAGAAAGGGAAGAUUCAGGGCCAAGUGUUGACAGCCUGCCAGACUCCCUCUCCACCGGUGCACACUGGCUUCCAUCGGUACCAAUUCUUUGUCUAUCUUCAGGAAGAAAGGACCAUCUCUCUCCUUCCCAAAGAAAACAGAAACCGAGGCUCUUGGAAAAUGGAAAAAUUCCUGAAAUGCUUCCACCCGAGCAAACUCGAAGCAAGUACCCAGUUCAUGACCCAAAACUCCCAGGACUUGCCACUCAUCCAGGGUCCUGUAGCUGUGGAUAACAAGCCCAAGCACAAACCCAAGCAGAGAUAA